AAAGGCAAAGCUACCAAAAACCCAAAACCCUUUGAACUCAUCUCUUUCCUUUGAGACUCAGAAUUGAGAUCUCGGCUGCUCCUUUCGUCUUCGUCUUCGUCUUCGUGUUCUUGUUUCAGACAGUAAUGGCCUCAGCCUGCAACCGAUUUGCCAACAGAGCAUCCUUUUCCUCCAUUAAAUCCGCCAUAAGAUCAACUCCUAUCAACCGCAAACCUCCUUCUUCUUCGCUCCCUACCUCAACUCCUCUUAACCGCUUCUCUCUGUCCAGGCCUCCGCCGCAACUGGGAUGCGUGCAGUCACUUUUGCCAUUCCACAGCGCCGUCGCGGCGGCCAGAUUGACGGCAUGUCUCAGCACAAACUCACGGAGCUGCCGUGCGCUCUCACAGGGUACACUCUGCUGCACCUAUCCCGGCCUCUAAUAUCACAUUUUUCUUUCUUUUAAAAUUGUGAGUGGAUACAAUACACAUACACACUUGCCCUAUGCAUAUCCUUGUUUUGUUCCUUCUAAACAUUAUUCCUUUAACUUGUUUUUCAACCCUUUUCUUUUAAAAAAUUAUGUUACAAUCAACUUAUUCAAAACCCUUCAUUUAUGUUUAGAAUUGAAGAAGAAAAAAGGAAAUUGGGUAUUAAUUCCAAUUCUAAAGAUAGUAUCUUUAGUGAAGCAAGUAUAUGUUAUAAUAAAAAUAUGAAAAACAAAAUAUUUAUGCUUGAAAUUAAAGAAGAAAAGAGGGUAUUUGGGUCGUAAACUUGGGUAGUAGUUAGUUCCAAUUCUAGGUGUGUUCAAGCACGUAUAUAUUAGUAAAGACUCUUUCUUCAACUCUUGUUCACCCCCAAAAUCCUAAUCUUUUUAGAGCUUAGUGGGACUCUGUAUAUUUUCAACAACCUUAUUUUUUGAGUUUAGCAUAAGUUAAGGCAGUGAUACAAGGAUAAAUGUGUAUUCUAUCUGACUGGAUUAUUUGUUCCUGCAGGCACAUAAUACCUAUAGGCCUUAAAGAUAAAAAUUGGGAUUUUACCAGACUUGCUAGAAAUGUCCCACUGCAUCAUUAUCAAGUAUGAAUCAAUGAUUUUUCCCUUAGAAACCUUAGAAUUAGUUAACUCAUAUUAGUUUGGAAAUUUAUUUUCUUUCCUUCCUCUUCAUUUUUUUUAAAUAAUUAUUUGCUGUACUGGCACUUGCAUUAUGUGCAUGACCUGCUUUUGAUUUUGCUUUUCAUGUGCUUUAUUUUCCUCCUUUCUAUUCUUAACGUUAUGAAGUGUACUUUUUCAACAUUGCCCCCUAUUAGUUUUCAUGAGAUGACUAUUAAAACUCCAAAAAAAUUAGUAUAGGAUAGUAUUAGAUACCAGGAGGGUUCUUAUAUUCUGCUCAUUGAGGUUGUUGCUUGCUAGAAAGUUUUUUCCUACUAUCAUUUUGAUAAUAAGUGAAGACACAUACUAGUUAGAGCAAGUUUUAAGCUGAUGCGAGCAAGGUGAAUCAAAUGUAGGAGUAAACAAACUCAUACAUCUGCUACAAAAUUUUUGGCUUAUAUUUUGCACUUAAAGAGUGAUUAGAGUACACCCUGAUAACAUAGUUGCUCCUUUUCCCCAGAUGCAAUUGAUGGCACGUGAGACAUGUGUGCUCUGUUUGGAGGUGGGCACUGUCAUCUAUGCUUCAUUCAUAAUAUGUCUCUUGUCUUCCUUGCUAGUGGAGUCCGUGUCUAACUAUCUAGUGAAAACCAGUCAAUUGCUGUAGAGGACAGGGUUUAUUUUUCCCAAAAAAAUGUAACAUGGAAAAGUUAACAAGAUUUUAAGUUUUUUUUUUCUUUCUAAAUUCAUAUGGAUGUAUUAUCCUAUUGAGAUUGAUUCAUGAACUUUGCAAUGUGCAUAAUGCUGCAUGAUAUGAUAUAACAGUGUUUGUUUUAAUUCUUGUGCUCUGACUAAAAUCAUUCUGUAUUGAUUCAGAGCUUGGUUUGUCGGUUCCAAGGUGACUUGCGUGAAGAAGAAUCAUUAUUAACUUGAAGAAGCUAUUUUGAUGAACUGGAACAAAAGAUUCUUAUACUUUUUGGCUUAUUAAAACUCCCAGCUCUGUUUACUAUGUAGCUACAAUGAUUCCAACUCAAAAUUCAUCCAACACAUGAUAUUGUGAUUGAGAAAUAAUGUUUCAGUUUGUCCUGUUCAAUUUUUUACCAAUUGAAAAAACAGUAUUUCUUUUCUUUGA